CAAUGUUGAAGCAACUCUCCCUUUAUCUCAAGCGCGUGCUUCCAGUCUUGGGAUUACAGGCACGUUCCCUCUGGAUUUCCUGCCCACUGAAGGAUGCUCUGUUCUGACGCCGUUCCUGCCGUGCCCACAGUAAGGACUACAGGACUUUUCUCACUGUUUCCCGCUACCUGCCUGAGAGCCACUGAUCCAGCCCGAGGAGUCGCGUGCAGCCCAUGGAGUCCAGCCCCGUGGUAGAGCCACUCCGCGCUUGUGCUUGGCAAUAGAGAGAGAGGCAAAGAGAUUAGAAACAUUGGCACCUGAUCAGCUCCAUGGUUUUCUGACUUUAUCCAGGCUGUGAUUUUUGGCAUCUGAUAAAGAGAUGACCCAGGAACAGUGUCCACAUAGGAACAAUGUUCAAAGCACCGAAAAGCCACAAGUGUAUAAAGUGGGAAUCUACGGCUGGCGGAAACGUUGCCUUUACUUUUUUGUUCUCCUCCUCAUGAUCCUCAUCGUGGUCAACCUCGCUCUCACCAUCUGGAUCCUCAAAGUCAUGAACUUCACCAUAGACGGCAUGGGUCACUUGCGCAUCACGGAUAGAGGCCUGAAACUGGAAGGCGAUUCAGAAUUUCUUCAGCCGCUGUAUGCCAAAGAAAUCCAGUCCAGACCAGGCAGUCCAUUGUUCCUGCAAUCCUCUAAGAAUGUUUCUGUCAACAUCCUCAAUGAGAAGAAGCAGUUAGUAUCUCAGCUCAUUGCAGGUUCUCGAGGAGUUCACGCACGGGGUAAGAUGCUGGAGGUGAAAUCAAAUACAGGAAAGCUUCUAUUCUCUGCGGACGACCAUGAGGUGGUAGUCGGUGCAGAGAGAUUGCGAGUUAUGGGAGCCGAGGGGGCCGUGUUCAGCAGCUCGGUGGAAACUCCGCACGUGAGGGCCGAACCCUUCAAAGAGUUACGACUGGAGUCUCCCACACGUUCACUAUACAUGGAAGCUCCUAAAGGUGUGAAGAUAGAAGCUGAUGCAGGGGAUUUUCAAGCGACCUGCAGGAGCGAUUUGCGUCUGGAGUCGAAAGAUGGAGAGAUCACCUUGGAUGCUAAGAAAAUCAAGCUCCUACGCCUGCCCGAGGGAAAGGCCUCCCUCUCUGGAAGCAGACAGACUGUGUUUGAGGUGUGUGUCUGUCCCAAUGGAAAACUCUUCUUAUCACAAGCAGGAACUGGCUCUACCUGCCAGAUCAGCAACAACGUAUGCCUCUAAAAACACACUCACACACACUCGCACAUGAAGAGGAUCGGCUCCUCUUGAAAAAUCCAACCGGAACUGACAGUGGAUUUUCUCAAAAUACUUUCAGAGCGACGUCCUCUCUUUUCAUAAACAAUGUCGGAACCAGAAACUUUUGAGGUGAUCACCGGAAUACAAUUCAACACGACAGUCGCCGAUCAGCUCCAAAACCAAUGUUUUGUUUUUCAGUAAGAUUUGAUCUAUUUUUACAGCCAUUUCAAUAAAGACGGGACUGUGGGCGUUAUCAUACAUAAAUAUUACAUUUCUCCUCUUUGUGCUAUUAUUCACGUCUGUGGAGUACAGAAAUACAGCUACAUUUAUUUGGCAGACACUUUCCAAAGUGACUUGCAGCAGAUUCAACCUCUAUAUUUGUAUUGUUUCCUGGAAAUCCAACUCAUGACGUUGGCAUCUCCGAGUGCCGUGCUUUUGCAGCUGAGCUACGGGAACACGACCACAGCCAUCUGCAACUCCAAUCUGAUAUUUCCUUUCAAUGGAAAACCUUUGUGACGGUGAUCACCUGUAUCCAAACUGUGCUCACACCGGGCUCCAACCCGUGCGCCCACUUCUGUUCGAAAAGGAGAACAGCGCCUGUGCCUUAAUUCAAUGCACUCGUGGCAAGAAGCACACCCCACUGACUUUUCUUUAGACAUGGAGACUUCGAUUCAUUUCAGUUACUUGCCUUUUGCUCCCGAAAAUUAACUUUUUUAAUGAAGUGAAAAAUGACCCCGGUUAGAAACAGAUUAACUCACCAGUUGUGUUGCCGAUAAUCGCUUUCAUUUGAAAUGGAGAAGAGAACAUUAUCUGUGAUUAAGAUUUCAAGUUUUGUUGUUCUGUUUGUUUCAUUUUGCACAGAAAGAGGAUACGUUGAGUUUUGGCGAAACAUUUGUUUUUGGGUUUGUAUUUAAAACUGAUCUAAACUUUUGUGUUCUUGUGAGUGGUUGAAAACUAAAAUGUGCUACACGGCCCGUCGAGAACCAACCAAAAAUUGAAGCUGUCAUUGUGUCAUGUAAUGAGAUUGAACUGUAAGAUGACAGUUCCCUUGGUCUGUGUUACGGAUGCAUACGGUUGGAAUUGAUUUCACCAUCUGUCUAAUAAUCCAACAAGAAAAAAGUUGAAUUAAAGUUUUAAAGAACCACAAAUUAGAUCAUAACCUCAUUUAUUUCGUCACCUCUGUAAUCUUUACAGAUGCGUGUCAUAUACACAUACAUUAACAAUUUGAGAAAUUCUAAUUUGAGAAAAUAUUUUGAAGAAAUAAAAGAUUAAGGUUGUAGGAUGUAAGAAAUUUAAACAACAUAAUUUAUAACAAAGUAAUAAGGGAAAAAAGUUUUUUGUCAACAAUGAAAAUUGUAUGACCGGCCAUGUCAGCUCCAUCAUACUAAAGUUGAGAUUUUCUGCAAUUCAAAAUCAAACAAGAUGAUUUACAAAAAAUGACAAAUCAUACUGAGAUGUGGGCCUGUUCAACGAUCGAUCACAUCCAGAAUAAAAUUUUGUGUUAAUAAUAACCUAUGUCUGUGAACUGUGCAUAUUAAUUAUGCAUUUAUAAACACAUACACAUACAUGUUCAUUUUUAAGAAAAAUAUACAAAUGAAUAAACGUUAAUAUAUUUAAAGUUUAUUUAAAUAUUAAUAUAUACAACAAGGAAAUAUUACCUAAAUAUAUACACGUGUCCAUGUAUGUGUUUAUAAAUGCAAAAGUAUAAAAAUAUGUACAGUAAACAGACAUAAAGUAUAUUAUGUAUAUUAUGUAACACAAACUUUUAUUUAUUGAACAGCCCAACUGAGAUGAAGUAAAGAUCCUCAAAUGUGGAAUCAAUUACUUGUCAAAACAUGUCAAACUGUCUUUUUUAUUAUGCAUAUAGAAGCAUUUUCACUAUUGGUCUCAGACUUUAGUACCCGACUGUACGUUUGCCAAAAUUAAAAAAAAAAGUCAAGUACUCCUAUUAGACUCAGACCGACUCCGUGAAAUACUUUUUCACAUCUUCUCCUGUAUAAUUACAAUCAUUUCACACUCCAAUGAAUAAUAUCCCACUGAAGGAAGAAAAAAUUCCCUUGAUAUAACUAAUGUGAUUCUCACUGUAACUCAUUACCACUGGCCCACUAAAUUUGAAGCAAUGAGGAAUGACAGCUGUGAUCAUUACAUUUAAAAGCUAGCGAUUGUUGACAUCCUAUUAACAUACUAAAUGCUGUGAGUAGACAGGGACACAGGGAGAUCUGUGGGGAACGGCACAGCAUCACAGAAGGGCUUCAUCUGAUUUUUUUCUUUUGAUUUUUCAGGAGAUUUUGAAACUCCAUAGCGUGUGUGUGAAGUGCUUGAUUCAUCUUGUCUAACAUCUUUUGCAUGAUUUAAAGUCAUCGACAGAUACAUAACUUUUUUUGUUUUAGUUUAAAGAAGGGACAUGACGACAUAGAGUAAAAACACUCUUGUAUUUUUUCAUGUAGUGUAUUUCCCUGUCUUGCACGAACAGCUCCACUAAAAGCAGGACUUUAGGACAAACACUUUUGUUGUUUGAUGUGCCCAUUUAUUCUGUUUUGAUGAACUACAUUUUGUGCUAAAUAAACCUUUUCUCUUCAGUCAUUUAGCGUGUUCAGGAAUAGAGUUAGCAUUUAAUUUUGUCUCUUCUCCAAAAAGAUGUUAAUUCUCAACUACGUGUAUGUACAAUUUUGUACGAGGAGCACAAAAUGUUUCCUAUAUUUUUUGAUAAUAAAAAUACACAUCAGCUCAAGUGUAAAUUAGCUUUUCGUGUGUGACAAAUAUACUGGAUGAAUCUCCCUCAUGUAUACAUUUGUGUAAAUAAAAUAAAAUAAGGGACUUUCCUUUCGGAAAUGGCUAAUAUGACAACACUAAAUGCCUUGGGUUGAAACUGGGGCUUAUUUGUUUUGUUUCUUAAAAAUAAUGCAGCGUUUAGUCAGACACAUGUUUUGUGUUGUACACUUUCACACAUUAAAACUUUAAAAAUUUG